AUGGCGCCGUCUAUUAGACACUCGAUUUCCGGUCGCCCAUCACGUAGUCGACCCAGAUCCUCUUUGAAAUCAUCAAACAACGGGCUCCUCGAUUCGCCUGAGGGCCCUCCUAUGAAGAAGCGAAGGUACAUUCCCGGCGGUCCUGGAGGCGGAGGAAGGUUUAUCGACGCCGACGGCACUAUUGUCGCCGAAGAAGAAUCACAAACACCGAAGACAUCCAGUGCUCCCCGCCGCCACUCUGCAAGUGCUCGGAGUCGCCCAGCUCCGCGUGAGAUCGAACAACCAAUGCAAGCCCCUCCACCGCCACCUCCCCUUGUACCAACAACACCACCCUCAAUGACGCGUCCGAGGCGCGAUAAGACCCAAAAUCGGGGUCGCUUUACCUCCUCCACGGCUGCUGCACUUGCUCUUCAACAAGGUGAUGGCUAUAAGCCACGCGAAGAACGCGGAUGGGAGGAGUUCCACCCCGACUUGGAUAUCGAUGGCAAGCUUGCAGUCUUCAGCUCCCAUGAAGUCGAUGCUCCAGAUGCUACAGCAGAAUCCUCGAGCUUGGGAUCAUUGGGUGGGGCGAACGGGCUGGAUAGUCCAGGAACGCCAGCCUCUUAUUCAGCUGACGCCUCGUCUCCAUUCCCGAUGAAACGUAGGCCUGGUCGUCCACCGCGUCGCCCUGAAGCUAUCUUGAACGCCAUGUUCUCUCAUCAAGGACAGAAGGUCAUUCCACCGCCUGGUCCUAAUCCUCGGGAGAAGUUGACGCUGCCAAAGCCGUCGUUCAGGAUGCGUGACCCCUUCACAUUCUACGAGAAAAAAGGUGUGGGCCACCAAAAUUAUGUCGAUCGUACUAUGGCAGCUGUUGGUUACCAAGAGAGCGAUCUGUUUCUCCGUCAUGACCGGCGUUUUAUUCGAAUGACCGAAGGCACACAAGAAGAUGACUUGGAUGUCAUUCAGCCUGCUAUGACCGAUGACGUUAACACAACGACUGGACGCGUGGAAUAUGAUAUGGAUGAGCAAGAUGAGAAAUGGUUGGAAGAAUAUAAUGCCAAACGUCGCGAAGAUCAGCUUGAGCCCAUCAAACCGGCUGUGUUUGAAAUUACCAUGACCAAGAUUGAGAGGGAAUGGCACGCCCUUGAGAAGCGCAUCCCGAAGCCAAACCCCAAACCACCACAGACCGGGCGGCCUCGCUCCAGUUCAGCUGCUGCUGUCAAUGGCGAAACUGCUGGACCAGGCGAAGAGCAGGACAGCAAGUGUGCUAUCUGCGAUGAUGGCGACUGUGAAAACGCAAACGCCAUUGUUUUCUGUGAUGGUUGCGACCUUGCGGUACAUCAAGAGUGUUAUGGUGUGCCUUUCAUCCCAGAAGGCCAGUGGCUUUGCCGCAAGUGCCAGCUACUAGGGAGAGGUGCCACGAAUUGUAUCUUCUGCCCAAACACUGAAGGUGCAUUCAAGCAAACUACCUCGUCCAAAUGGGCCCAUCUGCUUUGCUCUUUCUGGAUUCCAGAAGUCUCUAUUGGCAACCCAUCUCUUAUGGAGCCAGUUACCGAUGUUGAAAAAGUCCCUCGCAGUCGCUGGAAGCUGAAUUGCUACAUCUGCAAGCAGCGGAUGGGUGCCUCCAUCCAGUGCAGUAACAAAAACUGCUUCGUGGCCUUCCACGUCUCAUGUGCACGCAGAGCUCAGCUGUAUCUCAAGAUGAAGAUUGGGCAUAGCCUCAUGGACUCUCACCUUCUCAAAGCUUUCUGUGACAAGCACGUUCCGCAUGAUUGGCGACUGGAGCACGGGACUGAUAUUGCAACUGCUGAUGCCAUGGAAUACUACCGCAAUACCAUGAGCGGUCGACGGUGGGGGGACAGUCAAGCUGUGGCACUUUCAACUGGUCCGUCACAUCCCGUCAUUGAGGGUGGUGAAGAUGACCUCGCUUCAGCUCCUCGCAUUACCUUGACUAUCGGCGGUAAUAAGCGCAAGCGCGUACCUCGAAUGAUAUGGAAACUACCCUCGGGUGCUCCAGUGAUUCCUCAGGUUGUUUUGAACUCAGUGGUUGCCUCCCUUCAGCGAUUCACGGUCCGUCAAAGAAAGCAAUAUGCUGAGGAUGCAUCCAAGUAUUGGACGCUGAAGCGUGAAGCGAGACGUGGAGCCGCAUUGCUCAAGAGACUUCAGUUGCAGCUCGAAACAUUCUCCUCCAUGGAGAUGACACGAAGAGACUACGUAGCUAUGGGUGUUCCCGGGUACAAACGCCUGGAACGUCGCAUCGAAUUUGGCGAACGACUUUACAAGGAUCUCGAUCGAUUACGGAUGCUAUGUGAUGAAGUGAAGAAACGAGAGAAGGAGAAGUUGAAGGAUGCCGAGAUGCUACGGAACAUUGUGGAUCUUGUCUAUUUCCCUACGUUCCCACUACUCUGGCCGAUCCUUGAGAAAGCUCAACUGCUUGACGGAAAGGGUGUUUUUGCUCCUGGCUUGAUGUCAAUACGACAGAGAUUGAAUGAGCGUUUCUAUCCAUCUGUUGCUACCUUCUCUGCCGACCUGGCUAGCCUGUUCACGUCAGAAAUCGGAGUGGAGCCUGCUGGCGACACCGCUGAACUACAAGCACAGAUCAGCGGCCGUGCCCCAGAGCUUAGCUUGGAGCAACGCGAGAAGCGAAAACUGGCCAAGCGCAUCAUCAAGGUCAUUCAGCCUUCCCUGGAGGAUGCAAUCAAGAAAGAGAGCGAGUUGAACCGCAAACCAUUUGAGAAAGAAUUGAAAGAGCUGGACGUGAUUCUUGACCACAGUGUUAUGUCUCGCGGUGGUGAUUCUCCCGAGCCAGAGGGUGACACUGAGCUGUCUGCCCACCCUGAUGCCAUGGAAGGUGUCGAGGAAACUACGGAGGCUCCAUCCGAGGCUCAACCCGCUCCAGACCAACAGCCCCCGAAGAUUCUGGACCAACAGCUGCCCCUGGCUCAAGGUGGCAUCCAAUGGUACAUGCAGCCAUUCGAUCCUGUUGGCACCACCGUUCACGAGGAACGAUGGACAGGACGGGAUGUUAUGCGUGGUAUGAGCGAGGAGCUCAGUGAAUUGGACGAGGACGAACUUGAAGGAUUGAAGGACUUGGUGGAUGAUGAAGAGCUCGGGGGUACUGCCAAUACCAACGGCGCUCCAGCUGCUUCUCAACAGAAUAACCGUCGGACGCGACGUUUGCGUGGCUCAAAAUAA